AUGUUUGUGGAAGGGACUACCUGUGAAAUGUUCCAACCUAUUUCAACAAACGAAAACAUCGGAAGGAUUAUGUUGUACAUUCAAUGCAUAUGUGUUCAAAAAUACUUCAAUUUACGAAUCAGAGUCAGCAACCCCUAUCACUACGCUGACUGGAAUGCUAUGAAUAUCCUCAUCGGAACCAGAAGAGUAAACAUGGUAAGCAUUUUACCACAAUAUACCGAAGCUUCAGAAGAGAUUAGAGAACUACCACUUAGUCAAAGGCAGUGUCUGUAUCCAGACGAAAAAGACCUUAUUUAUUUUAAGGUUUAUAAUUUUCGUAGUUGCUUAGUGGAAUGUAGAAUGAAUAUUACAAGAGAAAUGUGUAACUGUACCCCACACUACUACUUACCUGAUAAUGGAAGAGACCCUAGUAUCAAGGUUUGCAAUCUACUGGACAUACCAUGUUUAGCGAAAAUAAAUGGUUUGUAUUAA